CCGCCCGUGCCAGGAGGUAAGAGAGGGCGGGGGAAGGAAGAGGAGGCGGGAUCCGGGCGCUGCGUUGGCUGCGGCCUGGCACGAAAGGGGCGGCCCCGGCGGAGAGCAGACCCAGUAGCCCGGGCGAUUAUGGACCCGGCAGAGGCGGUGCUGCAGGAGAAAGCGCUCAAGUUUAUGGCUGCAGUUCCGGCUGGUGGAUAUUGGAGGAAUAAUAAAAAGUGCUCUAUGCCCAGGUCUCUGUGGCUGGGCUGCUCCAGCCUGGCGGACAGCAUGCCUUCGCUGCGAUGCCUGUAUAACCCAGGGACUGGCGCACUCACAGCUUUCCAGAAUUCCUCAGAGAGAGAAGACUGUAAUAAUGGCGAACCCCCUAGGAAGAUAAUACCAGAGAAGAAUUCACUUAGACAGACUUACAACAGCUGUGCCAGGCUCUGCAUAAACCAAGAGACAGUAUGUCUGACAAGCACUGCUAUGAAGACUGAAAAUUGUGUGGCCAAGACAAAACUUGCCAAUGGCACUUCCAGUAUGAUUGUGCCCAAGCAGCGGAAACUCUCAGCGAGCUAUGAGAAGGAAAAGGAACUGUGUGUCAAGUACUUUGAGCAGUGGUCAGAGUCUGAUCAAGUGGAGUUUGUAGAGCACCUUAUAUCCCAGAUGUGUCAUUACCAGCACGGGCACAUCAACUCCUAUCUAAAGCCCAUGCUGCAGAGGGACUUCAUAACCGCUCUGCCAGCACGGGGUCUGGACCAUAUUGCUGAGAACAUUCUGUCAUACUUGGACGCCAAAUCACUGUGUGCUGCUGAGCUUGUGUGCAAGGAGUGGUACCGGGUGACGUCGGACGGCAUGCUGUGGAAGAAGCUCAUCGAGAGAAUGGUCAGGACAGACUCUCUGUGGAGAGGCCUGGCCGAGCGCAGAGGGUGGGGACAGUACCUAUUCAAAAAUAAACCUCCUGAUGAGAACGCUCCUCCCAACUCCUUUUAUAGAGCACUUUAUCCUAAAAUUAUACAAGAUAUUGAGACAAUAGAAUCCAACUGGAGAUGUGGCCGGCAUAGUUUACAGAGAAUCCACUGCCGAAGUGAGACAAGCAAAGGCGUUUACUGUUUACAAUAUGACGACCAGAAAAUAGUGAGCGGCCUUCGAGACAACACGAUCAAGAUCUGGGAUAAAAGCACAUUGGAAUGCAAGCGAAUUCUCACAGGCCACACAGGCUCUGUCCUAUGUCUCCAGUAUGAUGAGAGAGUAAUCAUAACUGGAUCAUCGGAUUCCACUGUCAGAGUGUGGGAUGUCAAUGCAGGUGAGAUGCUAAACACACUGAUCCACCAUUGUGAAGCAGUUCUGCAUUUGCGCUUCAAUAAUGGCAUGAUGGUAACCUGCUCCAAAGACCGGUCCAUUGCUGUGUGGGAUAUGGCCUCCCCCACUGACAUCACCCUAAGGAGGGUGCUGGUGGGACACAGAGCUGCCGUCAAUGUUGUAGACUUCGAUGACAAGUACAUCGUUUCUGCCUCUGGAGAUAGAACCAUAAAGGUGUGGAACACAAGUACUUGUGAAUUUGUAAGAACCCUAAAUGGACACAAACGAGGCAUCGCCUGUUUGCAGUACAGAGACAGGCUGGUGGUGAGUGGUUCGUCUGACAACACCAUCAGAUUGUGGGACAUAGAAUGCGGCGCGUGUUUACGAGUGUUAGAAGGCCAUGAGGAGCUGGUGCGCUGUAUCCGGUUUGAUAACAAGAGGAUAGUGAGUGGAGCCUAUGACGGAAAAAUUAAAGUGUGGGAUCUUAUGGCUGCUUUGGACCCCCGAGCUCCUGCAGGGACUCUUUGUCUACGGACGCUUGUGGAGCAUUCUGGAAGAGUUUUCCGACUCCAGUUUGAUGAAUUCCAGAUUGUCAGUAGUUCACAUGAUGACACAAUCCUCAUCUGGGACUUCCUAAAUGAUCCAGCUGCCCACGCUGAACCACCCCGCUCCCCUUCUCGGACAUACACCUACAUCUCCAGAUAAAUAACCCAACACUGACCUCAGACUUGCCCGGACUCGUUAAUGUUGCAGGAUUUAACAUAUCUGCCAAGACCAGGAUGGACAACAACAAUCACACUCCUACCCGGAUUCCCCGGAUGGGUCAGCGAGGCGCAGGGCUUUGAGACUCCUGUUGGGACACAGUCGGCCAGCAGCUGACCAGGAUGGUCUGCUCGGCACACCCGGCUGCCUCAGUGCUGCUAUCAGAAGAUGUCUUUAUCUUGUGUGAAUGAUUGGAACUUUUAAGACUCCCUUCCCGUUCCCUCCCUUCCCCUCUGCACCUGUUUCUCUCCCAUUGGGUUCCAGACAAAGAUGACUUAUAAAUAUAUUUAGUGUUUUGCCAGAAUCUCUCUUGCUUUGCCAUCAAGCAGAAGAACUGGUUUCCCCAUCUGGCCCACUUCUAGGGGACAGGGGCUGCAGCUUCCAGGCAAAGAAGGCCUGGCCUCUCCCUGUUAACUGCAGGAGUGUCCAGCACCUGGCCAGAGCAGUCCGGCCACUGCGUGGAAGGAGACAGCUGUCUGCACAUCCUUAGAGGAGAGAGGGACACACACUGGAAGACCUGCACCUGCUGCCUCCCUCCCCUGUCUGGGUUUCUGUCCCUCUUGCCUCCUCCUCCAUCUUCAGCCUGAGAAGGUGUGUGAAGUAUCCUCGUCUAGCAUGAGGUGGAUCACCUAGAAAAUGUGACACUUGGGAUUCCGAGUUUGAGUGUAUCCUAAUUUCCAGGCUUUUGCUGCAAGUGACCCCUGGGGCAGCAGUGAUUUAUGAAUGUGACACUCAUCAUAUUUUCAGCUUUCUCUCUCCUCCUCCCUGUGCCCAGGGGGAGGGACAGGAAUGUCCUGGGCGUCAUCAGUGGUUGUGUUUGCUCUGGACUCAGCAGUCUUCUCGGUUCCAUGUAGAGUGGGAAGGAGCUGCUGAUUGCAUUUCCUCUCAUUAACAAUUAGAUGUGUAAUAAAAAGCAUUGUGCUUCAUCAUUAAAUCACUGGCAAGGCUUGGCCUGCAGAAAGGCCUGGAAUGGCCGGCACCAGGCUGGUUAUCACCGCACUUUGUACCGUGGCUCACAUCUGUUUUCUGGAUUGAGCCGGAAAGCACCCAGGCACCUGUAACAGCCUAGGCUGAGCACAACAGCUUAAGAGAUGGUGAGGAAAAAAGCUGGUUCUCCGUUUAGGCCGGAACUAUCAGUCUAACCAUCUCAGCCUUGCACUGCAGAUCCUUCCUUCUGCUUCUCCAAAACCCAGUAUCUGCAGAAAGGCAAGGCUGCCAGAGGGGAUCAGGGUGAAGCUUGGCACACAGGGUUACUAGUAAGUGGGAGCUGCCUUCUCUUCCUUUCCUUCUCCCUGCUUUAUUUUGCUGCCCACUUUCCCUAGCAGUAAACUCUGGCAGUCAGUGAAAGCAUUAGCAACUGGACUUGUCAAGGGCAGGGUUAACCUGGCCAUGUGGAGGGCAGGACUGCGCCUCCCCCAGCAGGCUGCAGAUGCAGAGGCUCAUGGGCAAACCUAGGAGAACUUGAACUGAGAACCAAGUCACUUUCCUCAAGCAUGCAUGGGCCCGCCAAGGGGUGGUUUAGGCAUCCUUUGGGGCCCGGGGCCACAGUAUAGCCUCCCUUGCUUUUCCCUUGGAAACCAAGAGUCAGACUCUCACUCAUCGCUGUUCCCAACCAUGCAUUGGAGUUUAAGAAAGCCAACUGAACCAGCUGCUAUAAAAAUAGAAAUGGGGGCCAGUCACAAGUGACCUACAGCCAACCCACCGUCACUUCAGCAGGAGAGGGAAAAGGAACAUCUUCUUUGUCUGGUUUGCAAGUCGUCCCUUACCCAACAUGUCCCCUGAGUGAGUGCUGUUACGUGCUGAGUCAGGUCGUGUGUGUUCAGUUUGCCUUUUCCUGUGUAACUGCGAUCUCAAGUUAUAUCUAAGAAAUCUCUCUCCAUAUACGUUUAUCCUUCCCCAACCACCUACAUGCUACAGAGUCCUCCAGUUAGCCGAUCUGAGCUCCUGUCUGUUCAGGUGACUAUUAAUAGUGAAGGACUUUGCUGAAAAUCAGGUCAGAUGUUAAGAGACCUAAGCUGCUUCAAGAAAUGGUCUAGUGGCCAUAAGUUGACCAGCCCUUCAGUUAUGUGCUGCUUUAAAAAGUAGGAGCAGGAGAACAUCUGCCUAGUGUCUGGAGGCCCUGGGCUGGAUGCCAGGCUUAGCGGGGGAUGUGGUUACUACUGAGACUCGGUGGUGCUGGGACUGUGCUCUCCUUCCCAGGUUCAGCUGAAGGUGUGCUGCUCUGAAGCCAGUUGAGAAGUGUGGCCACCCAUCGAUCGUACUUGGGCUCGGGUGGACCCUGCACAUUCAAGCCCUUAGCUUGGUUAAGCUUUUUCUCCAGGUUGUCCUCUACUGCUGAUGGAAAUGGGAAUGCAGUUAAGUGGUCUGAGAAACUUGAAUCACUCACAUUUCUCAGCUCUGGGGGUCAUUUACCAGUUCAUUGUAGAAGAAACAAUCAGGUAAGUGGAAGUUCAUUUCCAGAGAAGGUAAACCCCACUUACCAUCUCUGCAUGAUUUCAGUGGGAAUUGAUUAUCAGCAGUCCCCAACUGGGCGAGAAUAAAUGUAAAGUUUGACCUUUUUAAAAAGAAAAGAGAAACAAAGAACAUCUCAACACAAAGGAAUAGUACACAAGAAGCUGCAAGUGCCCUGUGGCUCUGAGAUGAGCGUCCCCAUGGUCAGUCUCUCUCUCUUUUUUUUAUUUACUAAAAUCUACUUUCCAAUGUAAGCCUCGAAAGACCUCUCCUACAGACAGCUGGAAGCCUUCUUAGGCAGAUGAGCAUGUGCACAGGGUACCCUGCUGAAGUAUGUGGCCUCUGUGUCACACUGGUGAUGUCUGGGCAAGGCCAACAUGCCUUGCUGCUGCUGCUGCUGGUGGUGUGUGUGUGAGUGUGUGUGUGUGUGUGUGUGUGUGUGUGUGUGUGUGUGUGUGUGUAUACAACAGACUGGUGUGUACAACAUGCUGCUGCUGGGAACAUCCCUUCCCUUGAAGUGCAGUUAGAAAGUGGAUGUGAAUUAUGGAUGGGAAGCCUUCUACACUUGUCCCUUGGCUAAAUUCUUCCUGAUUUGUCCUAACUUUAGAGACAGAGACUGUCUGGAACUCUGUUGACAAGUAAUAAAGUCUGGCCCUCGUAGCUUAUUUUGGAACUGGAAAUGACAUUGAGACUCCUAAAUCAUUCUGCAAGAAAAAGAAAGAAAAAAAAAAAAAACACAUUUGUUUUUAGUGAUCCAAAGCUGAGGAGAAAGAUACCUGCACUCAUCCACUCACCUUCUCUUGCUGGCUCCCAGUCUGAGAGGCCGGGCUUGAUCUACUUGCUUAGCGUUUGACUAGAGCAGGGACCGCUGGAAAUGAUUAGGCCCAUGGUGGUGAUGACUGUCUUAGCAUCUCCCUUUGAGGGAGAUGGUGAUACCUUCUGGUCCUGAAUCUGAGCAGGCCCACAGGCUAGGUACAGAUGUGUUCUGAAGUAUCGGGGAGAAUGAGGCAUGCAGGUACCCAGUCACUGUGACUGCAGUCCGUGUGGGGGUGAUCAGUUUACAGUGUAACUUUGGUCCACGCUAAUCUCCAUCCCCAUUCAGUUAAACUCAGCCGUUUCGGAUGCACCCAGAGACUUCCAGUAGGAUCGGUCCUAGGAGUCACACACACACACACACACACACACACACACACACACGUACGCACGCACGCACACACGAGCACACACACGCGCACGCACACACACACACACACACACACAGUCCUGGCAGUGCACAGCCCUUUUAUCCACAGCAGUCAGUACCAGUGAGGCAGGCGGCAUCUCGGGAAGAAAGCUGAGGAGAGAGACCAAAGCAGCAGAGCUGUGGCUGCCUGCUUGCGGGCAGAAACCUCUGAUGCUGGCAGCCCUGUCUCAGGACAAAAUAACCCGGUGCCUGUGGGCUGACAUUCAUUCCCUGGAGGCAGCUGACUUCCCAAAUAUGUACUUCCCAACAAACUGUUAGCUGGCUUAGCUUCUAGUGUGUGUUGGGGAGGGGGUUGUGGACAGAGACGAUGUGCGUUACCUCCCUUCCUGAGCCUUCCCCUUGGAUGCUGAAGGAAAAGUCCAACAGGUUAGAUCUCUGGGUACCAAGGAAGCCGAUACCUUCCCAAAGCAGUGAUCCUUGAGCCUUGGCAAACUCACUGAGGUUGUCUGGGACUCCAACGGGGAGGGGCCUGGCAACAGGUGUGAGCCGGGGGAGUGCUUUUGGUGGUUCGCUUUUCCUAGGCCCUCCAGUGCUGACGGCUUUCAUUUUUGUGAUUAUGUUCUGGUGAUGUGUAGUCAAUGUACCAAUAUGUUCACAAGCUAGCACCAUGGUAACAGUGUGUUUUUGCUUUUUUAACUGUUUGGGGAAAGUCAAUUACAAAUACAAGAUUAAAGUGAA